UAUUUGUUUUUUGCUGAUUGGAUUGAUUCACUAACAGUGGGAGCGAAUGGAAUAGCACUGAAGGCAAAGAUUGAACGGUCAAAACUAGAUGGCAGCGAGCGGAAACAGCUGAUCAGCCGCAGUAUCCACUGGCCGAACGGACUGGCACUCGAUUACGCAAACGAAUGGUUGUAUUGGUGCGAUGCUUACUACGACAAAAUUGAACGCGUCAGAUUCAAUGGUGCCGAACGACAAGUAAUUUUGCAAGGCAGAGCGUUGAACCAUCCGUACGGACUAGCAUUUCACGAGACAUUUCUGUUUUGGAGUGAAUUUUCGGAAUCGCGGAUAAAUCGUCUGGAAGUAAACAGGAGUGGUGCGGUCGGUGUUCCUAUUACCGUUUUCACUGACUAUUCGCCGCUUUUCGAACUUCACAUCUAUGAUUCGAACACACAGCUGCCAAGUUCACCGUGUUCGUACGAGAAUGCCGGCUGUUCGCAGUUUUGCUUCUCAACUGGCUGCAAUGGUUCCAUUGGUUGUCAGCCCUUCCAGUGUUCUUGCGCUGAUGGCUUUCAUGUUGAUCCUAGCAAUUCGAAACUAUGCAUUGAGGAAGAACCGAAGGGCAAUGUAUCUUCCCGCUGCAGUGUCAUGGAAUUCGAAUGUAGACGUAAUCGAAAAUGUAUAUCACACUCGUAUCUCUGUGAUGGCGACGACGAUUGCGGUGACGGUAGUGAUGAAGCGCUGGAGGCAUGCGCUGAUUUCAAAUGCCCGAAUCCGGAGCAGUUCAAAUGUAGCUCGAAUCAGUGCAUUGAAAAAGUCUGGGUUUGUGAUGGUGAAGCCGAUUGCACCGGCGCUGAUGAUGAAGAUCCACAGCUUUGCAAAGGUGCCAUCUAUGUCUUAUCUUAUUCACUGCUCAGCAAUUUUUAA